AUGCGCACAAGCAUUCUCAUUAUCAUUGCUCUUGUUGUCAUCUCCAUCACCAUGGUCUUCGCACGACCAGGAUCAGCGCCACAACGUCGAGAAAUACCAAUGUUUGAUCUUCGAGAAAUACCGAUGUUCGAUCUUCGAGAUCAGCCAAUGUUCAGUCUUCGAGAAGUUGCUAAUAUGCUCCUAAAGACUCGCCAAACAGAGGAUCUAUCUGAUUUAUAUGAACUCGGAUAUCGAAAGAAAUAA